AAUGGCGGAUGAAGAGAGCAUGGGAGAUUCGCUCCACUCAAGUGGAAAAAAAAUAAACUACAACGAGCAAUCUGAGGAUGUAAAUGGCAGGUUAAAAUCAGUGAGUGAUAAUGAGCCUUCAAGUAGUAAAUCAGUUAGUUCUAAAAAGAAGAAGAAGAAAAAGAAGGCAAAGAAAGAAUGUUGCGAUGAUGACCAUUGUACUAUGGAUGCUUGUGCUGGAGGUGAACAUGGCACAAGACCUAAUGCAAACCAAAUAAAGGAUCUACAGAAGUUUUUGGAUGCCAUGAAAAUUGAUGGGAAGCCUCCUAAGACGGCUGAAGAAGCUAAGAAGAAAAAAUACUUGUUUUGGGAUACUCAACCUGUGCCUAAGAUUGAUGAAGAAGUUCAAGAGUUUGGUGCAAUUGAGGAAGACAAGACCAUUGCAGAAAUACGACAAGAUCCAUACUCUCUUCCUGAGGGCUUUGAGUGGGAUACUUUGGAUAUUAGCAACUCAAGUAUUUUAAAAGAAUUGUACACUUUACUCAAUGAAAACUAUGUUGAGGACGACGACAACAUGUUUAGAUUUGAUUAUUCAUCUGAGUUUCUUGUUUGGGCUCUUAAGCCACCAGGAUGGAAAAUGCAAUGGCACUGUGGUGUGAGAGUGGCUUCCAACAAAAAACUAGUAGGUUUUAUCAGUGCUAUUCCAGCACAUGUCAGGAUACAUUCCAAAACUAUUCUUAUGGUAGAGAUCAACUUUCUUUGUGUACACAAAAAGCUUCGUUCUAAGCGUGUUGCACCAGUUCUUAUCCGUGAGAUUACGAGAAGAGUCAACAUGGAAGGCAUUUUCCAAGCUGUUUAUACUGCUGGUGUGGUUCUACCUAAACCUGUUGCCUGUUGCAGGUACUGGCACAGAUCUCUGAACCCAAAAAAGCUUAUUGAUGUGAAGUUUUCACACCUAAGUAGGCACAUGACAAUGCAGCGUACAGUGAAGCUCUAUCGUCUACCAGAGGAACCUGAGACUAAGGGAAUCAAACCAUUAAGUAGUGAGUUAGUAAUGGAAGCUUACCAAAUUGUCUCAGAGUAUCUCAAGAAAUUUCACCUUGCACCAGAGUUCACAGAGGAUGAGUUUAAACACUGGUUUUUACCAAGAGAAGGCAUCAUCAACAGCUACACUAUUCAGAAUGAUGAAAACAAAGUAACUGGGUUUAUCAGCUUCUAUACACUGCCAUCAACAGUCAUGCAUCAUCCAGUGCACAAGCAACUCAAGGCUGCUUACUCUUUUUAUAAUGUCAGCAAUGAUGUCCCACUUCUUCAGCUUAUGCAAGAUGCACUUAUUUUAGCAAAGCAGGCUGGAUUUGAUGUGUUUAAUGCUCUAGACCUAAUGGAUAAUAAAGAGUUCCUGGAAAAACUUAAAUUUGGAAUUGGGGAUGGAAAUCUUCAAUAUUACCUGUAUAAUUGGAAAUGUCCAUUAAUAGAUCCAGAUAAGACUGGGCUUGUUCUACAGUAACACUAGGGGAGUUUGGCGACGUAACUGCAAUAACUAUGAGCAAUCUAUGAUAAUUUAAGCUGAACUGUAGAACAUGCAAAAAGAUACUAAUUCUCAGAUCUCAGAUAAUGUGAACAACUUAUAUCAUGCCAAAUGUCAACCUUUCAAAAAAACUGCUGUGCAGCCCAAAACUGGUGUAAACAUUAACAAAGCUGUUGUGCUGGUGGUAAAUGCUAAGAAACUGAUUUUUCUCAAAUCCUACUGUUAUUUUCAUAAUCUUGAAUCCUGAAAAAAACGUUUUGGUUCAAGUUACUUUCCAAGGAUGGAUUGAAGGCCGGGAGUAACAAACAAGAUGUACAUUUUUCUUGGAGCAUGAAAGCAAGUAAAACCAUUUUAAGGAUGUUAUUUGUACUUUAAAAAUAGUUCAGUAGUUUUGAUAGUAAGAUUAAAGUUACAAACCAUUUAAUCAGGACAAGAUUUUAAUUUCCACGAACAAAACUGCAUAAUUGGAUCCUUUUAUUUUCUUGUAAUAACAUUAUCCUGGUAACAGAAUAAAACAAAAAGUACAAUUUAAAAUGUCUUUUCUUACAACAAGAGGACAUUUUUCUUUGAGAGAAAAAGAAAUUCUCUAAGAGACAAAUUAUUAAAUUAACUGCACAGUAAUGAUUCCUUUCUCACUUAUAGCAACCCCAUUCUACAUCAACAUGAAACUUGCUGAAUGAAAGGCUAGGAAAUCUUUAUGGGAUAGUUUAUAGUGUUAUUGUCAAUGGUUUGUCUAAACAGUGAAACAUUUUUUGUGCAAAUGAAACAUUGUCAGUGUA